UUCAACCGGAGCACAAACGCGCCAAGUAUGAGGAAACGUUAACAGGAGCCCAGAUUCAUCCACUUCUUUGUUUUUUUUAUCGAACUAUUGAUGCUUCCCGCGGAGAAAACGGGUUUGGGAUCCAUUGAAUCCAAACCCUGAUUGCACCAAUUCGGUUCAAGUUUUUAUUUUUUGUUUCUUGUUUUUACUUCAGAGAGGAGUAAAAUCCUCCCCCGCUCCCAGCGGGACGAUGAUGGCUCUCGUGGUUCACCUGAAGAAGGUGUCUCACCUUCGGGGGAAAGGUGACAGGAUUGCCAAAGUUUCAUUCAGAGGUCUCCCCCUCUGUAGCCGUGUUGCAGAGAACUGUGGGGAUGUGGCUCACUUUAAUGAGACGUUUCGAUGGCCCAUUGCCAGCAGGCUGGAUGAAAACGAGAUGCUGGAGAUCCAAGUGUUCAAUUAUAGUAAAGUUUUCUCUAACAGACUGGUUGGGACUUUCUGCAUGGUGCUUCAGAAGGUGGCUGAAGAGGGGCAUUUGGAACUAACAGACACUCUCAUCGAUGAAAACAACACAUCGAUAAAAACCAGUGUUACCAUAGAGAUCAGGUACCAGGCAAUGGAUGGCAGCACGGGGACGUGGAUCGACGGCGAGUUCCUGGAGGUCCCUGAUGACCGGGACGGGGUGUUUGCCUUUGAAACAGACAGCUUGCUGUCAGGACAGAGUCAUGGGUCUGGGACAUCCCAUGGACGAUCUCUACAUGGAUCAAUACCCACCUUCAGAAAAGCAGGGAAGGGAGUUUUUUCAGCCAUGAAGCUCGGCAAGAUUAAGAACUCCAAAGACGACCACAAGAGAGAUGAGCCUGCAGUUCUGGACAUGGAGGACCUGGACAGAAAAGCAAAGCGUCUCGCUGGAACUCUGGAACCGGACACCAUUUCUUUGGCCUCUGUGACUGCUGUCACCACCAACGUUUCCAACAAGAGGUCAAAGCCCGAUAUUAAGAUGGAGCCAGGCUCUGGAAGACCUGUUGAUUAUCAGAUCAGCAUCACAGUUGUUGAGGCCCGACAGCUAAUAGGCCUCAACAUGGACCCCGUGGUGUGCGUGGAGGUUGGAGAUGACAAGAAAUACACAUCUAUGAAGGAGUCUACCAACUGUCCGUACUACAAUGAGUAUUUUGUAUUUGACUUCCACGUCCCUCCAGACGUCUUGUUUGACAAGAUCAUUAAGCUCUCAGUUAUUCAUUCUAAAAACCUUUUACGCAGCGGGACUUUGGUGGGGACCUUCAAGAUGGAUGUUGGGACUGUUUACUUCCAGCCUGAACACCAGUUUUACCACAAGUGGGCCAUCCUCUCUGAUCCAGAUGACAUCACAGCGGGUUGCAAAGGAUAUGUCAAAUGCGAUAUUGCUGUCGUUGGGAAGGGAGACAACAUCAAGACCCCACACAAAGCCAAUGAGACGGAUGAGGACGACAUAGAAGGAAAUCUUUUGCUCCCAGAGGGCAUUCCAGCUGAGAGGCAGUGGGCGAGGUUUUACGUCAAGAUCUACCGCGCUGAGGGUCUUCCGAAAAUGAACACCACCAUCAUGGCUAACGUGAAGAAGGCCUUCAUAGGAGAGAACAGAGACUUGGUGGACCCAUAUGUUCAAGUACAAUUUGCUGGGCAGAAGGGGAAGACUUCAGUGCAGAAGAGCAGCUAUGAACCCAUCUGGAAUGAGCAGAUUGUCUUCACAGAACUGUUCCCUCCUCUCUGCAAGCGGAUCAAGGUCCAAAUAAGAGAUUCUGAUAAGGUCAAUGAUGUUGCUAUAGGAACUCACUUCAUCGAUCUGCGCAAAAUAUCAAACGAUGGUGACAAAGGCUUUUUGCCCACUUUGGGGCCAGCGUGGGUCAACAUGUACGGAUCCACCCGUCAGUACACACUCAUGGAUGAGCACCAGGACCUGAAUGAGGGAAUUGGAGAGGGGGUGUCCUUCAGAGCCCGCCUCCUGGUCUCUGUAGCUGUGGAGAUCCUGGACACCACUUCACCUGAGAUCAUCAGCUCCAGUGAUGUUCAAGUGGAAGGAGUUUCCAACAUCUCAGAGAGUGCCACUGGAAAAAUGGAAGAGUUCUUCCUCUUUGGUUCCUUCCUGGAAGCCACCAUGGUCGACAGGAAGAUUGGUGACAAGCCAAUCACUUUUGAAAUCACAAUCGGUAACUAUGGUAACCAGAUAGACGGCGUUAGUAAAUCCCCCGCAGCCAAGAAGAAAAAGAAAGAUGGGGAGAACGAAGAGGAUGAAAACGAGCUGAUCCUGAACUCCAGUGAGGAUGAGGCAGAGGAGGAAGGUGACCUUGUCUCGGUCUCCACGACUCCUCUCAUGAAGCCUGUCAUCACUGAUAGAAACUACUUCCAUUUGCCGUACUUUGAGAAGAAACCGUGUGUCUACAUCAAGAGCUGGUGGCAAGACCAGAGGAGACGACUUUAUAAUUCCAACAUCAUGGAUAAGAUUGCAGAUAAGCUGGAAGAGGGUCUGAAUGAUGUUCAGGAGAUCAUUAAGACAGAGAAAGCGUUUCCUGAGCGCAGACUUAGAGGAGUGCUGGAGGAGCUCAGCGUCGGCUGCAGCCGGUUUGUGGCUCUGGCCAACAAGGAUGUGAACCUGGCAGGAAGAACCAAACUGGACCGAGAACGACUCAAAUCCUGCAUGAGGGAGCUUGACAGCAUGGGCCAACAGGCCAAGCAGCUGCGCACUCAGGUCAAGAAAAACACGGUUAAAGACCGACUCAAACUGGCUCAGAGCUUCCUGCAGAGGCUCCGAUUCCUCGCUGACGAGCCUCAGCACAGCAUUCCAGAUGUUUUCAUCUGGAUGAUGAGCAACAACAAGCGCAUUGCUUACGCUCGGAUCCCAUCGAAAGACAUCCUGUAUUCCACAGUGGAAGAGGAAACUGGCAAAGACUGUGGAAAAGUGAAAGCUGCCUUCCUUAAGCUGCCGGGUAAGAAGAGCUUUGGUCCUGCCGGCUGGACCGUUCAGGCUAAACUGGAGUUGUAUCUUUGGCUGGGUGUCAACAGGCAGCGUAAGGACUUCCUCAGCGGUCUGCCCAAUGGUUUUGAAGAGGUCAAAGCUGUUGAAGGAGGCCCUGGUUUUCUCUCCCUUCCUCCUCUGAGCCUUGUCUACUCAAUGAAGCAGGUGUUUCAGCUGAGGGCACACAUGUACCAGGCCCGCAGUCUGUUUGCUGCAGACAGCAGCGGUCUCUCAGACCCCUUCGCUCGAGUCUUCUUCUCCACACACAGCCAGGUUACUGAGGUUCUGAGUGAGACGCUUUGCCCCACUUGGGACCAGCUGCUGGUGUUUGAUGAUGUGGAGCUGUUUGGGGAGGCCAGUGAGCUGAGAGAAGACCCUCCAAUCAUUGUGGUUGAGAUCUAUGAUCAGGAUACUGUGGGAAAGGCUGAAUUUAUCGGUCGAACGUUUGCAAAACCCACUAUCAAGAUGUGUGAUGAGCAUUACGGGCCUCCGAGGUUCCCGCCUCAGCUGGAGUACUUCCAGAUCUACAGAGGGAACUGCACCGCCGGUGAACUGCUGGCGGCCUUUGAGCUUCUACAGAUACCGUUUGAUUCUGAAGAGAUCAGACGAGCUCUGAUCGCUGUCCAUGACUUUGCUGUGCCCAAAAUAAAGAUUGGUCAAGGAGGCAAAGCUGACCUUCCCCCCAUUGAAGGGUCAACAGAUUCUGAGCGUGGGCCCAUCCUCCCUGUGCCUCUGGGCAUCAGACCUGUCCUGAGUCGCUACCGCAUAGAGGUUUUGUUCUGGGGGUUAAGAGACCUGAAAAGGAUCAACUUGGCUCAGGUGGAUCGGCCCCGAGUGGACAUUGAGUGUGCAGGUCGAGGAGUUCAAUCUGCACUUAUCCAAAACUACAAGAAGAAUCCCAACUUCAGCACCCUUGUCAAAUGGUUUGAAGUGGACCUUCCGGAAAACGAGCUUCUCCAUCCUCCUCUCAACAUCAGGGUAGUGGACUGUAGAGCGUUUGGUCGCUACAUCCUGGUGGGAACUCAUGCUGUUUCCAGCCUGAGACGCUUCAUCUACAGUCCGCCGGACAAAACCUCCAACAACUGGGCAUCUGCAGCUAAGCUUAUGAAUGGCUACAUGGUCCUAACCGAUGGCAGCACCCAGCCCCGCUCCUUACCCAGCCUUUCUUCCCGCACCUUUUCUCGUCCUGCAGGUGACGUCAUUGUCAAUUUGGACACGGAGCCUCAAAUCAGAAAGAUGGACACAGUGGUCAAGUUAGAUGCUAUGUCUGACGCUGUUGUAAAAGUUGACAUGACUGAAGAGGAGAGCGAUAAAGAGAAAAAGAAGAAGAAAAAGAAGAAGAAGGGAGGAUUGGAUGAAGAAGAGGAGACAGAUGAGAGAGUGCUGGACUGGUGGUCUAAAUACUUUGCCUCAAUAGAGACCUUGAAGGAGGCUCUCAGAACUCAGGAGGCGGCUCAUGCUGAGGCGGAGGAGAGAGAAGACCUGGAGAUAGCUGCAGAAGUGGCAGGCUCCAAGAUCAAGGAAAAGAGCAGAGAAAAGAAGGGUGUGAAGGACAAGAAGAAGGGUCAACCACCCGAAAGCUCAGAGAAACAACCACUCAAAGCAAAAGUGGAUGAGCUGGUGGUAUUCAACAAGGAGCUGGAGAGCGAGUUUGGCAACUUUGAAGACUGGCUUCAUACCUUUAACUUGUACAGAGGAAAAGCUGGAGAUGACGACGAACACGCUCUGGAUGAUGAUAGGAUCGUUGGCAGGUUCAAGGGAUCCUUGUGUAUGUACAAGCUUCCUUUAUCCGAGGAGAUCACAAGAGAGGCAGGAUAUGAUCCAAACAUGGGGAUGUUCCAGAGCAUUCCACACAAUGAUCCCAUCAAUGUCCUUGUCCGUAUCUAUGUGGUCAGGGCAACAGAUCUCCACCCUGCUGAUAUUAACGGUAAGGCUGAUCCUUACAUCGUCAUCAGGUUGGGCAAAACAGAAGUCAAGGACAAAGAGAACUACAUCUCCAAGCAGCUAAACCCUGUUUUUGGCAAAUCAUUUGACAUUGAGGCCACUUUCCCGAUGGAAUCCAUGCUGACGGUGUCUGUGUACGACUGGGAUCUGGUUGGCACCGAUGAUCUGAUUGGAGAGACAAAGAUUGACUUGGAGAACCGCUUCUACAGCAAAUUCAGAGCAACAUGUGGGAUAUCAUCCAGCUACUCUGUCCAUGGAUACAAUAUUUGGCGAGACCCCAUGAAACCCACCCAGAUCCUGACCAGGCUCUGCAAAGAAGGCAAGAUCGAUGGACCACAUUAUGGGCCUGGAGGAAAGGUCAAGGUGGCAAACCGAAUUUUUACAGGACCCACAGAAAUCGAGGAUGAAAAUGGUCUGAAGAAGCAAACUGAGGAGCAUUUAGCCCUGACUGUGUUGAAUCAUUGGGAGGAAAUCCCCCGAGUUGGCUGCAAGCUCGUACCUGAGCACGUGGAGACCCGACCCCUGUUGAACCCUGACAAACCAGGAAUCGAACAGGGCCGCAUUGAGAUGUGGGUGGACAUGUUCCCCUCAGACAUGCCCGCUCCUGGACCCGCACUUGACAUUUCACCAAGAAAACCAAAGAGAUAUGAGCUCAGGGUGAUAAUUUGGAAUACAGAUGAAGUAAUUCUGGAGGACGAUGAUUACUUCACUGGGGAAAAGUCCAGUGACAUAUUUGUCAGGGGAUGGCUUAAAGGGCAGCAGGAAGACAAGCAGGACACAGACGUGCAUUACCACUCCCUGACUGGCGAGGGCAACUUUAACUGGCGCUUCGUCUUCCCCUUCGAAUACCUUGUGGCUGAAGAGAAGAUAGUCAUCUCCAAGAAAGAGUCCAUGUUCUCCUGGGACGAGACUGAGUACAAAAUCCCUCCUCGUCUCACGCUGCAGGUCUGGGAUGCAGAUCACUUCUCAGCCGAUGACUUCCUUGGUGCAAUUGAGUUGGACCUAAACCGGUUCCCUCGGGGCGCAAAGACAGCCAAACAGUGCUCCCUUGACAUGAUCCGAAAUGAGCAUGAGCUGCCCACCAUUUCCAUCUUCAAACAGAAGAGAGUGAAAGGAUGGUGGCCGUUUGUAGCUCGAGAUGAGAAUGAUGAGAUGGAGCUCACGGGUAAGGUUGAAGCUGAACUUCACUUAGUGACAGCAGAAGAAGCAGAGAAAAGUCCUGUGGGGCUGGGUCGAAAUGAACCAGAUCCACUGGAGAAACCAAAUCGCCCAGACACCACCUUCCUGUGGUUCCUCAGCCCCCUGAAAGCCAUCCGCUACCUGGUGUGCAACCGCUACAAGUGGCUGAUCAUCAAGAUUGUGCUGGCCCUGCUGCUGCUUAUCAUGGUGGGCCUCUUCCUCUACAGCAUGCCAGGCUACCUAGUCAAGAAGAUGCUGGGCGCUUAAAUCCCUGCUGGGAGGAAGAGGAGGGCAGUGGUCGGCGACAAACGCUGGCUCACCAACAAGACGGGAGGCGGAACAAAGUCUGGUCUUUUCAUUUUGUCAUCCACUUGUUAGGAAGAUGGGCAAACAUUACUGUUUUAACCCAAGUAAUAAAGAACUAUCUAAACCUUCAAAUACAUCAGAAAAAGGUUUAUAAAAAAAAUAGUUUUCCAAAAACAAGCAACCUUCAAUCUAACUUCCUCUUGUUCAUACAUAUUGUUGGACAGUAAAUGUCUCUAUAUAAACCAGGGGUCUGCAACCUGAGGCUCUGGAGUCUUAGCUUUAAAGAAAAUUUCAAAUGAUUUAAAUAAAUAAGGGGCUUUAGUAUUUAUGUUUAGAUUUUGAACUGAGGUUAUCUUAUAUUAGUAAAAUAAAAGAAAUGUUUAAACGUUGCUGGCAUUGCACUAAAUUAAGAAACCUUGUGUGCUUUACCAAACCUCCAGAAUGCAGACGUCAGAUAACUGAGCAAAAUAAUGGUUAAAGGCUUAAUCGAUUGUCAGAGCUGUUUGUUAUUGGAAUAAACUUGAAGCACAGAAUCUUAUCUUCAGCUCCACAUUAGUGUCUUGUUGCUGUCUGGAGGCAAACUUCUUCAAAGUAUAUAAUUGCAAGUCAAUCUGCUGCAGCAAGUGUAUUUUAUUUUGAAAGGUAGGUGUCUAUGCUGCUGUCAAACGUUUUAUUGAUAGAACAUUUUGACACUGUUAGAAUUCAAGCCUUAUAAAUACAAGACAAAUACAAUUUAUGAAUGAAUGGCUUGAUAGUCACACAAACAUUAAUAAAAUGUAUUUUUCUAAAUGGUAAGGUGGGACUUUGCGUCUCUGCCUGGGCCUUUGUCAGUUAAAAAAACAGACCAAAUGGCUCUUUUACCAUUAAAGGUUUCAGACCCCUGAUUUAAAAAGUCUUUUGGUUUUCAAUUGACGCUGCUGUAAAUCUGUUAUCACUGCAUCUGCUCAUAAAUGAAGCAUACAGGGAGCACAAAGGGUCAUAUUUUUUGCAUAAUUUGAAAAACAGGUUUGUACAAAAUGGUUAUUUACAGUGUUUUACAGCUAAUAUCAUCUCAACAGAAAGCCCAGUUUUUCCUCUUUUCUCAUCUAAGGUUUAUUUACCUCCUGUUUCUCCAGAAGGCAUUGUAGGUGAUGGAAAAACACCAUUGCUUUUAUCAGCUAUGGAUUAUAAAUUAUAGCUCAUUCUGACAUGUUUUCAGAUACUUUAAGAAAAGGACGUUCCAAAAGGUCUAACCUUCUUUUUAGUUGAAACAUAAAGCUUUUGCAGUCUUUGCACACUUCUUUAGAAGUAAUAAUGAAGAAUUCAACAUUUUCCUGAAAAUUCUCGUGAGACGGGGAACAACUGAUCGGGUAAAUCUGUGAGAAGACUGGUGGUUAAAGUACAGUAUUAACUAUUUAAUCGCUAGAAUCAAAGCAAAAAGGUCAGAUCUGGGUUAAAUAGUGUUUGCAAAUAAUCAGACUUUCAAUUUUUAUGUUCUCAAAGUUGGUAUUCUCCAAAUGUAUGCAUUUAUAAGCAAUAUGUUGUGUUUCUGUGCAAAUGCUUUACUGUUACAGGUCACUGAUACAAUUAUUUUAGUCGAAUGAAAUAAAUUAUCUGCAAACAUCAUUUGACAAGAUCUGAUUGGGGAAAUAUUAAACUUAUCACUGUUGUCUUGCAAAGUUGAGACCCGUGUGUUAAUAUGCAUGUACUGUGACAACUGACCAAAGAGGUCAUGUGUGUUGGCAUGACGUAUUUUUCUUGAAACCACCCAUCCUGUCGUCUUUGAGGUUAUUGAAAGGUGGAAAUGUAGAGAACAUGAAUAAGUGCACUUGAACGGAUUCCUGAGGAGGAACGCAGCAGUGUCCAGAAAACAAACAAACAAAAAAAUCUGUCUCCUCAUCAGCUGGUGUUUUGUGUGCUGUCCAAAAACUUCCCAUAUUUGAUCUGUGACCUGUUGACUCCAUUUGUGUUGCAAUUCUUGUAAAUCUGCAUUCCACAAAAUAGAAUAAUGGUUUGCACUAAACUAAAAUUGCCUGUUUUUAAGAUGUACAUGUGUGUUCAGACGGGUGCAAUAUUUAUUUUGGGUUGUUUUGACUAUUUGAAAUAAACUGAAUUUCAAUGAUAAUGUUUAAAAAAAUGAAAAAAAAAUGUUUUAUUUGUUUUGCAAUUCAACACUUAACUGUAAUAUUACAAGAUUCUAUAAGGAGAUUAAAAUGCCAUCCAAACACAUGGAUGAAAAAAUAUA